AUGGCCGCCGUCUCUACUUCUGUUCGGCUCGGACUGCCGGCCCUUUUCUCACGUCGAAUCCAUGUGGUAUCUCGGUUCUUCUGUACUGAGGGGGGAGCCACCGAUGAUAAUGCUGCUGCGCCCAAGCCAUUGCCAAAGGACAGGAAAAACAUGAAACCACGAGAGAUGGUGGAGUACUUGGAUCGAUACGUAAUAGGUCAGGCCGAUGCUAAAAGGGCGGUAGCUAACGCCUUGCGUAAUCGAUGGAGGCGACAGCAGCUGGACGAAGAACUCAGAGCCGAGAUAAUGCCGAGGAACAUGCUCAUGGUCGGGCCUACUGGUGUUGGUAAGACGGAGAUUGCUCGGCGGCUCGCUAAGCUGGUGGAUGCGCCUUUUAUCAAGGUUGAGGCUACUAAGUUCACCGAAGUCGGAUUUCAUGGGCGUGAUGUCGAUUCAAUCAUUAGAGAUCUUCUGGAGAUGGCUAUGACUCGACAAAGAUCGCGACUUGAAGAUGAGUUAAGGCCUAAGGCAACUGAAGCGGCGGAGGAACAAAUCCUGAAUGCUCUCAUAGGUCCCAUGUCCGCCCAGUCGGACAAAGAUACCUGGUUAGCCCACUUGAGGGCUAAGCUAUUGGAUGACCGUCAAGUGAAAGUAGAAGUUCCUGUGACUGACAAUGACCUUUACCCUGAAUGGGUGGGUGGCGGCUCGGACUCUAGGAAGCCGCCUCAAAUCCGGGUCAUACAGGUACCCGUGGCUGGAGGAGGGACCAGUAGGCAAAUGGAGAAACGUACCAUGACGGUGGCAGAGGCGCGUCAAAAACUGGUCCAAGUGCACUUGGAUCGCAUGAUUGAUUCGGAUAUGAUACUGGCAUCAGCAAUCCGGUCAACUGAGCAGGAGGGGAUAGUCUUUGUGGACGAGAUCGAUAAGAUAUGCAAUUCUUCGAAAGGUUUUUAUCAUGGCAGUGAUGCUUCCUCUGAGGGAGUCCAAAGGGAUCUAUUGCCGAUCCUCGAAGGUUCAGAUGUGAGCACGAAGCAUGGUAAUGUCAACACCGACCACAUCCUUUUCAUAUGCUCCGGUGCUUUCCAUUCUGUAAAACCCGGGGAUAUGCUCGCCGAAUUGCAGGGUCGACUUCCCGUACGAGUGACGUUGAGUGCUUUGACAGAGCAUGACUUUGUGCGGAUACUCACGGAACCUCACCAUAAUUUGAUUGAACAACAUAAGGCUCUGCUGCGAACCGAAGGUAUUACAUUGGAGUUCCCAGAGGAUGGCAUUAAGGAAAUCGCCCAUAUAGCCUUCGACUUGAACACACACGUGGAGAAUAUCGGUGCGAGAAGACUUCACACCGUGAUGGAGAAAAUCAUGGAGGAAGUGUCGUUCGAUGCGCCUACUAUGGGGGAUGGUACGACGGUCACAGUUGAUGCCAAUAUGGUGAGGACUAAACUGAAGCCCUUAUUAAGCAAAGGGGAUCUGCACAAGUUUAUAUUAUGA